CCAACGACAAAAAUAACACUCUCACCCACAUCAAUACUCAUCUUCUCUCUAAAAACAUUUUUGUUUUUGAAUACAUAUAGAUUUUUAUAUAUUUUUUAUAUACACGUGUUACUUUGUUUGUAUUUGUGUUUGUUGGCUUCAUUAUUUAAGCUGGCCGCCGAUGCCCACGCCGGUGGACUUGGUAAGGCAAUGCUUAACGGAGGCAGCGGCGCGUGUUUUGGAUGACGCCAUAGCUGUGGCGCGUCGACGGAAUCAUGCUCAGACCACUUCGCUUCAUGUGGUCACUGCUUUACUAGCUCUACCUUCCUCCAUUCUGCGCGACGCUUGUGCACGUGCCAGGAGCAUCCCCAGCAACUCGCCCUUGCAGUUUCGCCUUUUGGAGCUCUGUGUCGGGGUCUCGCUCGACCGACUGCAGAUUUCGAAAUCGGUGGACCGACCUCCGAUUUCGAAUUCACUGACGGCGGCAAUCAAACGGGGACAAGCGAGCCAGCGAAGGAAUCCGGAGAACUAUCACCUUCAACAGAUUCACUUUAACCAACAAACGCCGUCGCUUUUGAAGUUGGAAUUAAAAUAUUUUGUUUUAUCAAUUCUAGAUGAUCCUACUAUCAAUCGCGUCUUUGGUGAAGCUGGUUUCCAAAGCUUUGAAAUAAAAAGAGCGAUGCUUCAACCGCCUGCUGCUCAGUUGUCUGCCAAAUUUCCGCGAACUCCCCGAUGCCCGCCAAUAUUUCUUUGUAAUUUAACGGAUUCGGGUUUGGGUCUGGAUCCGGGUCGAGCUGGGCCAUGCUCACCACUUGGUUUUGAAGAUGUUGACGAGAGUUGUAGGAGAAUUGGUGAAGUUCUUAUAAAGAGAAAUGAAAAAAAUGGGAGGAACCCGUUGCUUGUUGGGGUUUACGCAAGUAAAGCUUUGAGGGGAUUUAUUGAAAAUGUAACUUCUAGGAAGCUGGGGGUUUUGCCUGACGAAGUAUAUGGGGUUGAUGUGGUUUGUAUUGAAAGGGAGCUAAAUAAGUUUGUCCUUGAGAAUGGAAGUGAAGAGAUGAUGGCGUUAAGGUUUAGGGAAUUGGAAUCUGCUGUGGAGCAAUGUUCAGGGCCUGGUGUUGUUGUGAAUUUUGGUGAAUUGAAAGCUUUGAUUGGGGACAAUGUGUCAAGUGAGGCUGUCAAGUUUGUUGUUUCGAAAUUGACCAGUUUGUUGGAGAUGAAUAGUGGGAAGUUAUGGUUGAUAGGAGUGGCGGCGAACUCUGAAGCUUAUUUAAAGUUUUCCAACAUGUUUCCGAGUAUAGAGAAGGAUUGGGAUCUGCAACUUUUGCCUGUUCACUUUAAAUCCCGCUUGAUAGGGUCCUUUGUUCCAUUUGGUGGUUUCUUUUCUUCGCCACUUGACCCUAGAAGUCCAAUGAAAAGCGAGAACCAACAUAGCAGUUGUUACCUUUGUACUGAGAAGUUUGAACAUGAAGUUGCAGCUAUUUUGAAGGAACAAUCAAUUACUUCAGUUGCAGAACAGUGCCCAGGAAAACUUCCUUCUUGGUUAGAAAGGGCAGAACUUGACACCAGAAAGGGUGUUGAUAUGGCCAAGGCCAAGGAGGAUGGAACGGCAUUGCAUGCUGAAGUCCUGGAGCUGCAGAAGAAAUGGAGUGACAUUUGUCAACGUCGUCAUCACACUCAAAUACCCCCCAAAUUAUAUACUCCCAAAACAAGGUUCCAGUUCCCAAUUCCCGACGGCUUUCAAUUUACUGCAGAUGUGAAGGAAGGCAGCAGUAAAGAUCCUGCCUCAAAUGAACAUCUGUGUGCUAAUCUAGAUCCCAGCAUCCACCUGGACUUGCAAAAGUUUUUAACUGUAAUACCUGAUACUUCAAUAGCAUCAACUUCUCAAGCUGAGAAUGUUAAUUCCCAAUCUAGGGUACAGUUAAAUUUUUCAAAAGAUCAACACGUAGAGAAUGAGGGCCACCCACUUCUCCCUCACCCUCCACCCAAUCUAACCAAUCUUCCUCACGAGGCACCAUCUUCAUCCCCAAUUGCAGUAACAACAGAUUUGGGAUUGGGAACUAUCUAUGCUUCAACCAGACAAGCAGAGGAAACUCCAGAAUCUAAAGAUCAGAGUCUUUCUCACUCCAAAUCUCUAAAGUUUGAUACAGUUCCUGAGGGUGCCAAAAGUUAUUCCUGCUCUGGCAGCUCCUAUGCUAAGUUAGGAGAGGUACCUCAUCUUGGAGAUGAUGAGACACUAAGGAAAAUACUUUCUGAAAAGGUUGGCAGGCAAGAUGAAGCCAUAAUUACUAUCAGUCAGGCUGUUUCACGUUGUAGAAAUGGACAUGGAUGCCAUCGUGGCUCAAGUGGUAGAGGAGAUAUUUGGCUCACUUUCCUUGGGCCUGACAGAGUUGGAAAGAAAAUAAUUGCUUCAACUCUGGCUGAGAUAAUAUUUGGUGACCAGAAAAACAUAAUUUGUAUGGAUUUUAGUUCCCAAGACAGGGUUAGCCAUCCAGAAUAUGUUUUUCAAUGUCAAGAAUUGGAUGGCUGUGAUAUGGAGUUUCGGGGGCACCAUGUUGUUGAUUAUAUUGCUGAGCAAUUGAGAAAGAAACCAGAUUCAGUUGUCUUCCUUGAAAACGUAGAUAAGGCGGAUCCUCUGGCCCAAAUUGCAUUAUCUGAGGCUACGAAAAUAGGUAAAUUUCACGACUCAUUCAGGAGAGGAGUAAACAUUAGCAAAGUGAUCUUUGUGACAACAUCGAAAAUCACGAAAGGUACUGAUAGUGAAUUUUCAGAGGAGAAAGUCGGUAAAUUUUCUGAGGAAAUACUUUUUGGAGCCAAAAGGUGGCAAAUGCAAAUGUCAGUUAGUUGUCACUCCAAGGAUGCCAGCAGACUUAAUGAGCUGCAAGUGAAUGUAACACCGGGCAAAAAAAUUUCAAAAGCUGACUGUCAGAAUAAAAGAAAACUGAUUGACAUUGAUGGCUCUUCCGCUGAGUUGCAGAAAAGGGGUCACAAGUCGAUGAGAUCCAAUCUAGAUCUUAACCUUCCUAUAGAGGAGGCAGAGGAGGAACUCAGUUCUAUAGGAUAUGACAGUGAUGCUACCUCUGAAAGCACAGAAGCUUGGUUGGAAGAUUUCUUUGAUCAAGUUGAUGCAAAGGUGUUUUUCAAGCCAUUGAAUUUUGACUUGCUUGCUGCAAAAUUGAGCAGGGACAUCCAUAUAAGAUUUCAGAAAGCAAUGGGAUCUAAGGUAGUCCUUGAGAUUGAUGAUGAAGUCAUGAUAGAGAUACUUGCAGCCGCAUGGUUAUCAAACAAGAAGAGGGGAAUAGAGUUUUGGAUUGACAGUGUUUUGAGCAGAAACUUUGUCCGAUUUCAGCUGAAGUAUCAUCCCAAACCUGGGUCUGUUGUGAAACUGGCUGUUUGUGAAGGUCGUCCUUUUGAACAGGAAUCUCCUGAAAUUUGCCUUCCCAUGGAAAUCAACAUGUAAAUGAAUCUGGUUACAUCAUCUAUGCUUCUUUUUCUACCUCUUUCCGUAAUUAAAAUGUAUAAUUUAGGUCUUGGCAUAAAA